GAAGAGCUGGCGAGUCUGAAUCUGCAAAAGUAUCGUCAGAUUCAACAUCAACUCGACGAUGCCGAAGAGAGAGCUGAGGAUGCUGAGACGUCCUUCGCAAAAAUGCGCACGAAAUCCCGAAGCACCCUUUCCGUAGCCCCUGGCGGCGGCGGCGGCGGCGGCGGAGGUCUUCGGACUUCUCAGUCGUCUGCGGGCAUCCGAUCGGCUUCCGCACGACCACGUGGUGCUUCACCAUACUAG